AUGCCCUCCUUCCUGCUUUUAGCGACUUUGUUCGCCUCUCUUCUCUCCACUGCCAUAGCGCAAACAUGGACAGCCUGCAAUCCCCUCGAAAAGGAUGACUGUCCUCGGAACCCAGCCUUGGGCACAUCAUACCAAGCCAACUUCACAGAUACCCUUAAUGAAGUCAUCUGGAACAUCACUAACGGUCAACUCGACUACAUCGAUGGCGUCGGCACCAGUUUCUCCAUCAAAGAAAGACUCCAAUCUCCAACUAUCCAAUCGCACUUCUACAUCUUCUUUGGCCGCGUGGAGGUCAUCAUGAAAGCCGCCUUUGGCAGGGGCGUGGUCAGCAGCAUUGUGCUCCAGUCGGAGGACCUCGAUGAGAUCGACUGGGAAUGGGUGGGCAGCGAUACCACUCAUGUCCAGACAAACUAUUUCGGAAAAGGUAAUAGGACUCUAGGCGAUCGUGGUGGGGUCCAUGAGAUGGAUGCGCCCAUGGACAAGUUUCAUAAUUACACCGUCGACUGGACUGCAGAGCGAUUUCAGUGGUGGAUCGAUGAUACCUUGCUCCGCACGGUGACUUACGACGAGGCCCUGGGUGGGAAGAAUUACCCGCAAACCCCCAUGACCGUCCGGAUGGGUAUCUGGCCCGCCGGCGACAAGAAGAACGAAAAGGGAACAAUUGAGUGGGCUGGUGGUGAGAUCGAUUACAGCAAAGUUCCAUAUUUCAUGACGGUGAAGCAUGUCAGGGUCGAAGACUACUCGAGUGGCAAGGAGUACGAGUACACUGACAGAUCGGGUUCCUGGCAAAGUAUCAAGGUCAUCAACGGCACUUCCUACCUCGCCGAGGAAGCCCACAAACCACCUCCAAAGUCCCUCUCGCAAAAAUGGCGCGAGCUCCCACAGGGUGCAAAGAUUGCCGUCUAUUCCUCCGCGGGAGGAGUCGCCCUCGUCGGCCUUCUCGUCCUCCUGUUCUGUUGCGUCAAGCAACGGAGAGCAGGCCGUAGGGAAUUUGCUCUCCAGGAAAGCAAAUUCACGACGGAGCAAAACGAUAUGAUCACGAUGCAGACGCAGUGGAAGAAGAAACAUUAUCAGGAAAUUCGAUGAUGAUAUUUUUUCUUCCUCUUCUACUUCUCUGGGUGUGGAGGUGGCCUUUUUCUGCUUUCCACUUGAUAAUUUCUAUUUAUUUCUUGUCAUAUUUUUCCCUCACUUCUGGGGCGUCUUGUGAUUAUUGAUCUACACUCCACAUAGAACAAACGCUGGCCAGGCACACAUGGAUUGGGACAAUGAAUAUAGGAAAGAAAAAGGGAAGAGCGCAAAUCUCAGCUGGGCCAUCCUUGUGUUCUUUUCCCCCUUUCGCCGUUUCCUUCUCCCCUUCAUAAUUCGCAAUCUGUCUACUUGGCUGGUAGGGCAGGCCCUGGCUAGUAAACUGGUUGCAAAAAAAUCGUGGCCCCUCUUUUCCUUCCUUCUAGAUCCAUUGUAGCAUGCAGUGUCAGCGAAAAUUCUUUUUCUUCUCU